AUGUCUUCCAGUAUUGGAAGUGGUAGCAAGGAGAGCUUGGAUCCUGGCGUUGUAAUCACUCCUAAGGUUUCCGAACCCUGGUCGGUCGAAAAGGUGUUGGCGACAAUUCACCCCAAAGCCCCCGUCGAGGAGUCUGGCUCACCGGUUCCCUUCUUUCACAUCCUCGAGCGCCUCAAGACGGGUAAACGAGAAGGAUGGCGGCGGUUCGGUAUCGAUAGAGGCGAAUCCAUCGCUGACCACAUGUAUCGCAUGUCGCUAAUGACCUUCCUUUGCCCUCCGUCGCUUGCGCCUAAAGUCGAUCUCAAUAAAUGCAUGAAAAUGUGUCUGAUUCACGAUAUGGCCGAGUCGGUAGUAGGAGAUAUUACACCCGUAGACGGCGUCCCGAAACCGGAGAAGAGCCGUCGCGAGGCCGAGACGAUGGACUACAUUUCCAAGAACCUUCUCGGUAAGGUAUAUGGAGGUCUCGCGGGACAAGAAAUCCGAGCGAUUUGGCAAGAGUACGAAGACUCUAAGACAAUAGACAGUCUAUUUGUUCACGAUAUAGACAAGAUGGAGUUGUUGCUGCAGAUGGUGGAGUAUGAGAAGCGUGUGGAUAAACGGCUCGACCUUGGCGAGUUCGCGUAUGUGGCGACUAAAGUAGUGUUGCCGGAAACGCAAGAGUGGGCGAGGGAGAUUCUCAAGGAGCGCGAUGAAUUCUGGGGUACGGAAGCGCACGUUCACGGCGAAGCUGGUGUGAAUGGCGGUGUGAAGGAGGCCACAUCUAAGGGCCAAGAUGCCUAUUAUUCGAAAUGA